UUUUCUGUCAAGUCGAGCUGUCUUGUUGUUUUCCCGCAGCAAUGCCUUGAAAACUUUUCCGGCGGCGCCUGCGGGGAAUGAAUGGGAAAACGGUGCAUUGAUUGAACCGCGAGAGUGUGCCUGGACGGCGCCGUGCCAGUGCCGCCGCCAGCCCGGCCUCGCCGAUGUGCGCCGAGCAUCGCCUCUGCGGCCCUGCGCAACAGCAGGCCCAACAACUGCAACAGCAGAAGGGUGAUCCUCCAUUAUCUGCUGAAGAACAAUUCGACAUGUGGAUGUCUACGAGUGAAGUCUGCUCCAUGGGAGUAGAAGAGGUCGCUGGAGUGCUUCGUGUUGAUGUCAGGACUGGCCUAGGGUGGCAUGAGGCAGAGCAGAGACGAUCAUUGACGGGCUUAAACGAACUGUCUGUUCUUCAGGAAGAUCCAACAUGGAAAAAAUACAUAGAACAAUUCAGGAACCCACUCAUAAUGCUCCUUUUGGGGUCUGCAGCUGUCAGUAUUUGCAUGAAGCAAUUCGACGAUGCAGUUUCUAUCACUGUGGCAAUCAUUAUUGUCGUCACCGUGGCAUUUGUUCAAGAAUAUCGUUCUGAAAAAUCACUUCAGGAAUUGACUAAACUUGUUCCUCCCUCUUGUCAUUGUGUGCGAGAAGGACAACUCCAGACGUUUUUAGCAAGAGACUUGGUGCCUGGUGAUGUCGUUUACCUCUCUGUUGGAGAUCGUGUACCAGCAGACUUGCGAUUAUUUGAAACCAUAAAACUGGAAAUUGACGAAAGUAGCUUUACUGGUGAAACAGAGCCCGCUGCUAAGAGUACAGGACCUAUUAUGAAAUCAAAUGGACACACAUCCAAGACAAACAUGGCCUUCAUGGGAACUUUAAUUCGUUCUGGAAAUGGAAAGGGUAUUGUCAUUAAUACUGGUGAAAGAUCUGAAUUUGGUGAAGUAUUUAAAAUGAUGCAAGCUGAAGAGGCUCCUAAAACACCAUUACAAAAAUCUAUGGACAAGCUUGGCCAACAAUUAUCGUUCUAUUCAUUUUGCAUUAUUGGCCUGAUUAUGCUCUUGGGUUGGCUUCAAGGUAGACCUAUUAUGGACAUGUUCACCAUCGGUGUAAGUUUGGCGGUUGCUGCCAUCCCAGAAGGACUUCCAAUUGUGGUUACUGUAACACUGGCUCUUGGUGUCAUGAGAAUGGCCAAAAGGAAAGCAAUCGUGAAGAAGCUCCCCACUGUUGAAACUCUAGGUUGUGUAAAUGUUGUCUGCUCUGAUAAAACGGGUACCAUUACCAAAAAUGAAAUGACUGUGACAAAACUUUUGACAUCUGAUGGUUAUGCAGCAGAGGUCACUGGAGCUGGAUAUAAUGAUCAAGGAGAGAUAAGAAUCCACAAUUGUGAUGUUAUGGAAACGGCAUGGCAAUCCAUUUAUAGGCUUUUAGAGGUUGGCUGUCUUUGUAAUAAUGCUAAAAUUACCGAUGAGGUUCUAAUGGGGCAGCCUACUGAGGGAGCCCUCCUGGUAGCAGGCAUGAAGCAUGGUAUUUAUGACUUGCAACAGAAGUAUGUGCGGCUUCAGGAAUACCCCUUCAGCUCAGAGGAGAAGAUAAUGGCAGUUAAAUGUGUAGCAAAAUAUGAAGAUUCCAAAGAAGAACUUUUCUUUGUGAAAGGUGCCUUGGAAAAAAUUCUUCCAUUGUGUACUAAAUUCUCUCAGAAAGGGACACUUUAUCCUAUGAAUGCAAAGAAACAGCAGGAGUACCUUGGGGAGGCACAUGACAUUGCUCGGAAAGGAUUGAGAGUUAUUGGCAUGGCCAGAGGUUCUUCUCUCAAUGAUUUGAUAUUUGUUGGUUUGGUUGGUAUUUGUGAUCCUCCCCGUCCUCAUGUAAAGGAAGCAAUUCAAAUGCUGCAAACAUCUGGAGUGCGUGUAAAUAUGGUCACUGGUGAUUCACAAGAAACUGCAUUAGCUAUUGGUAAGUUGACUUAUGCCUCUGCUCCUUUUUCCUGUGUGAGAAGUCACUCAUUUGUCAAUUCAUGCAUUUAUUUUGUAGCUGCUGCUGUAGGGCUUGAUACUGUGCAUCUCCAAUCACUGUCUGGUGAUGAAAUGGAUCAGUUGACUGAGCAGCAACUGGAACAAAUAAUCAAAUCUGUCAGUGUCUUCUAUCGUGUGACUCCCAAACACAAGCUGUGCAUUGUUAAGGCUUUCCAGAAACAUGGAAUAAUUGUUGGCAUGACGGGUGAUGGUGUAAAUGACGGUGUUGCCUUGAAAAAAGCUGAUAUUGGUAUUGCUAUGGGUAAAAAUGGAACAGAUGUGUGCAAGGAAGCUGCAGAUAUGAUUCUUGUGGAUGACGACUUCAACACUAUUAUAGCUGCAAUUGAAGAAGGCAAAGGCAUCUUCCACAACAUCCGUAACUUUGUUCGAUUCCAGUUAAGCACCAGCAUUGCAGCUUUGUCGUUAAUAGCACUGUCUACUCUCCUUGGAAUCCCUAAUCCAUUGAAUGCCAUGCAGAUUUUAUGGAUUAACAUUAUUAUGGAUGGACCUCCAGCUCAAAGUUUGGGUGUAGAACCAGUUGACAAAGAUGUAGUUAAAAUGCGUCCCAGAAAUGUCCGUGAGCCCAUGAUCACUCGUUCUCUCAUAGUCAAUGUUCUGUCAUCCGCCAUCAUCAUAAUUAUGGGCACACUAUGGGUCUUUAAAAGAGAAAUGAGUGACAAUUUUAUCAAUAAAAGGGACACGACCAUGACUUUCACUUGCUUUGUCUUCUUUGACAUGUUCAAUGCUCUGUCUUGCCGCUCUCAGACAAAAUCUGUUUUCACCAUCGGACUGUUCAGCAAUCGUAUGUUUCUAGUGGCUGUUACUCUCUCUAUAGUUGGGCAGAUGCUGGUUAUCUAUUUCCCACCUCUUCAGAUGGUAUUCCAAACAGAAGCCUUGUACUUCACAGAUAUUGUGUUCCUUGUUGCACUUACUUCGACUGUCUUCAUCUUCUCUGAAUGCAAGAAACUCUUUGAGAGGCGUCUGGAGACCCGCCUUCGAUCUAUUAAAUCGGAUUUAGACUUUGUAUGACAUCCGAUUUUCUCCAGUGGGAAAGCUGGUCGCCAAGACUAAAAGCUUUGCUGCUGGAUGAGUCUUUCAGGACUCACUGCAGGAUGCUUCAUCAACGUUUUGAAGAAACCUUAUGAAGUUUAUGAAGGCAGGACACAAAUCCUAGUCAAUGAUCAUUAUCCAUGAAGUGUCAUUUUUCUCCUCAGAAAUCUCCUCAUAAACUCCUUCAUCCUGCUCCAGAAUUUAUUGUAGAUUCCACAUGAUGUGAAAUUGAUCUACUUUUAAGACAGACAUUGAAGUAUUAAAUGUAUUGACAUUCGAUAACUUAUGUUAUCUUAUGAGACACCUGAUUCUUACUCUCCCUGAUUGUGGACAUUGCGUUCAGUUAACAAUUUAUUUCUAAGCUACUUGCUGUUCCCUUUGGCUCAACAUGCCAGAAGUUAUUUAGGUUGAGCCAUAAAUCCUUUAUUCUUUGAUGCCAUCUCUCAUCAAAGCAGUUUGUUUGCCCAUGGACAUUCUACCCACUAUUAACAAAACUGCUUAGUAAAAUGGACAUCAAGUCCCUUGUGUACUUAUUAAAGUUGAAAGUUUUAGCACAAUAGCCCUUAAGUGUUUGGCAGUUUCUUGUACAAAUAUACUCUGUGAUAUGAUUGAAUGCUGUCUCGAGCUUUUGUUCUGUGAGCCAUGUUGUUUUAGAAAUGUACAUGUGUGCAUGUGGUGUGACAGUGUAUUUCCCCUGUUGUGAAAUGCUACUUGGCUCCGUGCCUUUUGCCGCCCUCUGCAAGUUUAGUGAGUUUUUGUGCCUAGAAUUCUUUUAUCCUUAUGAUGCAAAACUGUGAAAACUGUAAACUUGAAAGAAAUCGAUAGGUAAUGUGUCAAAUUUAUGGAACCCAGUCAGGUUGCUACUUUAUAUUGUUAUUGUGAGGUGUUACAGUUCCAACAAAAAGUGUAAACAUGCAGUUUUCUACCACUGUUUGUUUCUUAUUAAGCCGUGUUGCCUUGAUAUUUUUUAGUCCUUGUGACAUUGCUAUUCUUACUCGUAAGUGUCUCCUCACCUCCGUUAGUGUCUGCACAGUGUAUUCCAAUAUUUAUGUCAGUAUGCAAGAUCUUAUUUGAAAGAAAAUCUCUUGACUGAAAUGCAGGGCAUUUAAUUUUACACAAUACUUGUGACUUGACCAUUUAAAGGCCCUUUGAUGUUUUUCUAUGUCUCUUUAAAUUUACUGUUUACAAUAUGUGCUUGGAUUUUAUAAACUCAGCCAACGUAGGAUUACAAUUUGAAACUUUUCUUUGUGAGAAAAUUUUCAUGGUUAUCAAAAAUCCAAUUUACACUGAAUUUUUCUUAGUUUAUGUAACUUUUUAACUUAAGUGUUUUGUAAGUGCUCUCCAAGAGAUUGUAGUUACUUUUGGACUUUAUUGCUUUGAUUCUGUCGCAGAUUUUAUCUAUGUUCAGUGACACUAGUAUCUUAAAUGUUUAUUUGUUAACAAGAAUUUUCUAAUGGAGUUGUUUCGUAAAGCAUUCCAUUCUGGGAGCGCAAUGAGGUAGAAAAUUGUAGUGUGUCUGAAAAGCAUACUCCAAACUGAAAUGUCUGGUGGUGUUCUCCACACGCAGUGUGCCAUGCACAUUUGACUUUUCUAGAGUACAUAUGAAUUUUUAAAUAGUGUUAAACCACUUUAGUGCACUUGAGUGCAGGUUUUGUUGAUUUGUUCAAGAACUGUAACCAAAGCCAUGAGCUUACUGUGAUGAAUGUUGAUACACGGGAAACGCUUAAAACCAUAUAAAUGACCAACAGAAAUGUGUGAUAGGCGUUGAGAUAUUUACACCUUACUUCUUUCCUUGUAGUCUUUAGAAAUAUAUCCCUACAUGUGUGAAUAAUAAAAAAUCAGGCAGCUCAACUGACA